UAGGAAAUGUAGUUUUGUAUGCAGGAACUGUAAUUCAAGUGGAGAGUCAACGAACUACAUUUCCCAGGUAUCUGAGCGCCGAAGCAAAGCCGCCUCAGCCAGGGCAAGCAAAGCCGUGUUAAGUUGUAUGAAAUAAACUCAGUGAUGGAGUUUCCAGAGGGCUUUAAUCAACUUGACCUGCUUGAGUCUCAUGGCCACAUGAUCCCCAAAGGGUCAAAGAGUGAAUGGGAAGAAAAUGAAGAUGAGGAGGAUGAUGAUGAAAGUCAAACUGAGGAGUGGCAUCAGCAACACGAGCUUAGAUUACAAGACACCCCCACUGAACUGAUGUUAUGGGCUGCUGAGAGGAAUAGAUUGGCCACAGUAGAACGUCUCCUCGCAUCGAACAGCACCCUUGCUAGUUGUUAUGAUAGUGAUGGUUACACCCCUCUACACCGCGCUGCCUACGGUGGCCAUUUCACAGUGGUCUUAGCUCUUUUGGACGCUGGAGCAGAUCUUCAUAUGAGAACAGCAGAUGGUUGGACGCCACUUCAUAGCGCCUGUUGCUGGGGUCACACCUCUGUGGCUUCCUAUCUUUUAAGGCAGGGAGCAGAGGUCAAUGCUAUGACAAAGGGCAAACUCACACCAUUGCAGUUAGCUGCAGGAAAUGCUGAAGCGGGUCAAACUAUUGAACUAUUGUUGUCACAGCGCACCCUGCAGAUUGGUGUAAAAAACAGCGCAGGAGAGAUAGCUUAUGACAUCGCAUACCGCACAGGUCCCCAUCACAGACUGUUUGAGAUGGCAGAGUCAUGUAAUAACAUCCACUGACCCACAUUUGCUUAGCAAUCAGCUUCUGAAAUUAAGCUUAGAAGCGUUAUAAAUAAAUGUUGAUGUGUUCAAGUUCAUUACUAGAUAAUAGAUCACCAUGUAAAUUUAGUAACAUAUGUCAACAACAUGUAAUUAUUUUCCUUGUAAUUAUACAUACUUUAUAUGCUGAAUUCCUGAUAUAAAUCAUACAUAUCUAAAGUAGGGAUUAUGAAUACAGGAUUAUGAUAUUAUUAUGUUUUGAAAUAACACCAUGUAUUUAAAGGUACAAUUUGUAAGAUAUUUGCAGUGAAAUAUCAAAAAAGCAUUAGGCCAGUGCUAUAUAUUUUAUCCCAAGCUAAUUUCUAACAAUAUCUCUAAUGUUUCAACUACUGGUAAAUUAUGCAAAAAUUGUCAAUGACAUUAAUAUCCAUGUUACCACAGAAAUCAUAUGUAGGUAGACGCCCUAUCUACCACUUCUGCCUAAUGGCUCCACUAUAUCUCAGUGAAUGCAAACUGAUUUUAAUGCGUGUUUUUUGCUGUAAAGGUCAUUCAGGUGGCUAUGAUACAGGACACAUGGUUUGGUGUAUUUUAACCCCUUAUGUGGCGCAAAUCCCCUUUGAAUGGGGGGUGACAGUGUGAUUUACAACUUAAAACAAGACCAAGAUUAGGCAUUCAAAAGAAGACACUAGACUAGAUGUCAACGGUUUGCUGCAUAUUCUUGUCACAAACUAAUAAAUUACUGUCACUGCAUUAUUAUUAAUGCAAAAAGGUUUUGACACAUGAAAUGCUUUCCUAUGGGUGCAUACUUGUCACAAACUAAUAAAUUACUGUCACUGCAUUAUUAUUAAUGCAAAAAGGUUUUGACACAUGAACACUACAUUCUUAGAGCUUUCCAACAAUAUAUAGUUUGUUGUCAACAUUUUUUGAAGAUUUAUAAUAUGAUAUAGUUUUAUGAAUAAAAAUAAUAAUUAAAAUGCAUUCCUAUGGGUGGGUGCAUGUAAAAAAUAACUGUCACUAUGUUAUUUCUAUCACCAUAUGACCUUGACACAUGAAAACUACAUUCUGAGAGCUUUCCCGUGAUAUAGUGUUAUAAAAAUGCAAAAACAAAUUUGGCAUACCUGUGGGCCCGUGACCUUUUAGAAACUGGCUCUCACUAUAGCCCUAUUCGGACGGGAUUAGUUUUACAGGGGGACCUCUGAGAAAAUUGUGCUUCUCAGAGGUCCUCUGUGUUUUUUAUCCCGUCCGAAUCGGCCAUGUCUGUGUUUUUCUCUGAGGACCUCCGUAAGAAUUCCAGAGCAAUUUACCUACUGUUUUUCGCCGAACUCAGAGGUCCUCUGAGAAAUGUAAUCCCGUCCGGAUGCAAAUGUCUGUGUUUGCCCGCAAUAUCUUUUGAAAACGCGGUUCAUUUCGUGUUUUGGCCAACGUGAUCUGCCGUAAGGUCUUACUAAUACGCGUAUAUUGUAUUUUCUGAGUCCCAUUCAUUCAGAUAUGGAUGUUUUUUUCGCAUUCGGCAAAAUAAAAUAAUUAAAUCAAGACGAGCUGAAUAUCAAACACAGUUAAGACUGGCCACUGUAAUAUCAGUAACGUUAUAAGAAACUCCGUUCAAAGUUCUUCAACUCCGGAAUGGUA